AUGCAAAACCAACUUAUCUUUUUGAUAAGUGUAUUAAUAUCUGCGGUUGCAGUUAUGGCGGAUAUGGAAUUCACAGCGCCUAAGGCAGGUAAGACGUUUACCGCUAGUGGUGGAAAAGUGUCUGUGGAGAUUAAGUGGGAUGAUGAUGGUUCAGAUUUGAACUUCAAGGAUAUUGAGAAAUAUAUUGUGUCCCUUUGUACGGGUCCGAACGAUGAUAUCGAGUGUACCGAUCUUGAGAAAGUGACAGGCCUGACGAAAAAGUCAUACACCGCUUCUAUUGAUGCAUCACUUUUUCCAAAUGGAUGGUACUACUUCCAAAUGUAUAAUACAUAUGAUCUGGGUAUUUCUAUCUUAUACACAGAUAGAUUCCAGUUGAAGGGCAUGGAUGGUGGUUCUAUGACUUUUGGAUCUACAAAGUCUUUAUCUGUGGCUCUUACAGCUACUGGUGAUGCACCAGCUGCUGCCACUCAAGGUGGUGAUACAAGUAUUGAUUCUCGUUCUUUUUCCGUCACGUAUACUAAGCAAACCGGUACGAAAAGAUAUGCGCCAAUGCAAACGCAACCAGGAUCUACUAUCACCCAUAAAUCUAUGACAAGAAGAUUCGCAACGAGUUCGUACUCUGCUUAUUCUACUUACAAGAAGUCACCUAACGUGAUGACCACUAUUACUCCUGGUUGGGAUUAUGAUGUGACCUCACUACCUAAUUAUGCUACCGUUGCUCCUUACCCAAACACUGCCUAUCCUGCGAGUGAAAGAAUCACUGCGACGGCUUCUUUAACAUCAGCUGCUAAAAAGAGAAGAUGGCUCGAUUAA